UUAGCUUAGCUUGCUAGUUAGCUUAGCUUGUUAGCUGCUCACAAAGGUGAGGCGGACGUUAUCAACACAUCGCUAAGUAGAGAUCAAGUGUGAGUGUAAAGAGUUGUGAUUGUGUGAAAAUGUGCAUAAAAUACAAUUGCUGAGAGUUAGGUGAAGCUUCGACUAACUGCGGUGGGUUAAGAAAUGCUAGAAAGAACGAUAGCCGAAUACGAGGAGGAAGAUUAUCCAACAAAAGAGGAGAAGGAGCGACAACAUCAACUACUGGACGCUGAUUUCACACAACAGAUGUCUGUGUGGAACAUAUUCUCCCUGAGCAGCGGGAGCGGAACUCAAGCAUGGAGCAGGCGGAGCCACAACCCCCCCCACAUAAAAGAGGAAGAUGAGCGACAGCCCUGCAACAUUGAAGGUAAGGAGCCACGGCUUCCACAUUCUAAAGAGGAAAAGGAGGAGCCAAAGCCCCUUCACUUCAAAGAGGACGAUGGGGAGAUACAGCCACCUGAUGUUAAAGAAGAAGAGGAGGAACACAGCAUCAGUCAGGAGGGAGAGCAUAUUGAAGGACUGGUGGAGUUCCCAGUGACUGGUGUCCCUGUGAAGAGUGAAGAUGAUGAGGUCAAAGGUGAAAGUGAGGAGAAGAGCAGCAGCUCAACACAACACAUGACAACAGAAGCUGAUGGAGACCACUGUGGAGGAUCACAAGCAGACAAGCUCUUAGCUCCACUAUCAGAUGGUGAGGACACAACGUCACACUCUCCCGACACUGACGAUGAAGACUCUAAAGAUGAUAAGACAUGUCACACUGACAACACGCACUUGAAAUGUUCUCACUGUGACAAAACCUUCAAAUACCGUAGUUAUCUGAAAAGACACGUGAGAAGACACACUGGAGAAAAACCAUUCAUGUGCUCAGUUUGCAGGACACCGUUCUCUCAAAAGGAAACGUUGGUAAGACACGGAAGAAUGCACACUGGCGAAAAGCCUUUCAUCUGUUCAUUCUGUGGUAAAAGUUUUGUACAAAGUCAACAUUUGCAAAUACACACGAGAAUACACACUGGAGAAAAAACGUGUUCGUGUUCAGUCUGUGGUCAAGGUUUUACACGAAGUCAGUGUUUGAAAAGACACAUGAGAGUGCACACAGGAGAGAAACCUUUUCCCUGUUCAGUUUGUGGCAAAGGUUUUACGCAAAGGACCGGUUUGAAAGUGCACAUGAGAAUACACACCGGUGAAAAACCGUAUUCCUGUUCGACCUGCAACAAAAGCUUUGCCGACGGAUCAAAACUUAUAAAACACACGAGAACACACACUGGUGAAAAAUUGCAGUCCUGUUCAAUCUGCAACAGAAGCUUUUGUGACCGACCAAACCUUGUAGCACACAUGAGAACACACACAGGAGAGAAAGUGUUGAGUUGCAGUGUGUGUGGUGAAAGAUUCUCUUAUAAGUACCAGUGUAAGAAACACAAGUGUGCUGGUGAGAACAGCAGCAGCAAAUGAAACUGCAGGAUUUGAAAUAAACUGUCAAGACUUUAAUUCAGGGGUGUCAAACUCAAAUGUAAAACUGAACAAAGCCGCGGGCCAAGGUUGAACAAAUUAACCUUUUUGAUAGGGACCCAAACAAGUUUUGCAUUAAAUAUUGAACAAGCAAGGCUUAUAUAACUUUAUAGUGACAUGCAAAAUCCAGUUUCAAAUAAUAAUAAUUA